UACAAAUAAAAAUCUUCUGGAAGGCUGAAGUUAAAGGCAAGUCAGAGAUAGACACAUCAAUAUAACCUAAAACAAAACAUCAUAAAAAUAACAGCACAAACUAAUGGCAAAGCGACAAUUAUUGAUACUGGGAAUCAGGGCGAGCUUUCACACUCUCGCUGCCGUGCUUGUGGCCGGAGUAAUUUUCACUGCCUUGUUUUUGUCCCGAAACGGUAUGCCAAAAGAAAAUCCUCAAAGCGAAGGUGUUUCGAACGUGAAAGAAGGUGAGGGCAGUGACAGAGAGUGUAAUCUUUUCGAAGGGAAAUGGGUAUUUGAUAACGAGUCAAACCCUAUUUAUAAAGAAGAAGAGUGCAAGUUCAUGUCUGAUCAGCUGGCUUGUGGAAAGUUUGGAAGAAAAGAUUCGAGUUACAAAUUCUGGAGGUGGCAACCUCAUAAGUGUGAUCUCCCCAGGUUUAAUGGGACGAAGUUGUUGGAGAGGCUGAGAAAUAAGAGGAUGGUGUACGUAGGAGACUCCUUGAAUAGAGGCCAAUGGGUAUCAAUGGUGUGUAUGGCUAGUUCUGUCAUUACGAACCCAAAGAUGAUGUAUUUUCACAGCAACGGCUCUAAUCUCAUCACUUUCAAAUCCCUUGAAUACAACGCAACAAUAGAUUUUUAUUGGGCUCCCUUGAUGGUGGAAUCCAACUCAGACGAUCCAACAAACCACAGGUUACCCGAACGGAUAGUUCGGAUCCAAUCGAUAGAGAAACAUGCGAGGCAUUGGACUGAAUCAGAUAUCAUUGUCUUGAACUCUUAUUUAUGGUGGUUAAGGCCUCAUAUGAAGACACUGUGGGGGUCGUUUGAGAAGUUAGAUGGAAUAUACAAAGAAGUGGAGAUGGUGAGAGUUUAUGAAAUGGCUUUGCAAACAAUGUCUCAGUGGUUGGAAGUUCACGUUAACUCCAAUCUUACCAAACUUUUCUUCAUGUCCAUGUCUCCCACCCAUGAAAGGGCAGAAGAAUGGGGAGGAAAAAACAAACAAAACUGUUACGGAGAAACUAGUCUGAUAGAUAAAGAAGGAUAUCAUGGAAAAGGGUCGGAUCCGAAGAUGAUGAUAGUCGUAGAAAAUGUACUUGACGAGCUAAAAAGGCGAGGACUGAAUAUGCAUAUGAUAAACAUAACGCAAUUAUCGGAGUAUAGAAAAGAUGGACACCCUUCGAUAUACAGAAAACAAUGGGAGCCAUUGAAGAAAAGUCAAGUCUUGGAUCCAAGUAGUUACUCAGAUUGUAUACAUUGGUGUUUGCCUGGAGUUCCUGAUGUAUGGAAUCAGCUCCUUUAUGCUUAUAUUAUUGACGACCACAAGUCUAACUGAAAAUUGUUCUUACACUUUUUUUUUUGUUUCUUACCUAUAUUCCACUUCAAUUGUACAGCUGAUUUACUUUACCUUCAAUAAAUGUUUUGUCUUC